CUUUAUCCUGUGUCGUCUUGUAAGUUGUAUGUGCAUUGAGUGUCUGUGUAAAGUUAUACGCCAAUAUCUAAGUUGUAGGUAUUGAAUUCCGAGUUUAACCUUUGGUCACCUCGAAUACUACUAUAGUCAAAUCAAUUUGUAUUACUUAUCGACGUAAUCCGGAGACGGGCCUGAACGAUAAAUAAAUCAAAUAAUUUAUAUUAUUAAUUAAUGUUAUCGUUAUAAACUGGGUGAACGUUUUAACUUUUAGGAGAAAAACGUGAUAUCGGUUUUUGCACGUUCUCACAAUCAGCAUCUGUUAUCACAUUGUGUAAUUUAAUACAAUUCAUUUUUACCAAAUAUAAUCGUAUUAUUGAUUUUUGACUUAAUCAAAAUUAUUAUUAUAAUACACAGUACACUAUAUUAUAUAGGUAUAGAACGUUAAUGGAGUUUUCAUAGGAAUUAGACGUGUAGUAUUGACGCAUGGACAUUGUUUACUCGGCGACCGACGUGGCGUGUCCCUACAAAGUACAAUCGGUUUUUACUUUUUCCUCCCUGUGAAUUGUUCAUUUGCCGCAGCCGCCACCGUCGCGAUAACGUCGGUUUCGGGAACACUUCAUUCUUCCCUUGAUUUUGGCUAAAGGGUUAUCCGUUGUUUAAUGUUCAGUGUUUCUUUUUCACAUAAACUAUUUUCUGGCGUUCGAUUUCUCAUAAUUAACAACAACAACAUUAUAUCUGAACGGUCCCGCCUAGUCUUCGGUGCGUUUAAUUAACAGUGAAUUACAGUACACUGGUAAAACUAUAACAUUGGAGAUUUCACUUUGAGUUAAGUCCAUCAAACGACGACCAUCUAUCAAAUCCCGCAAAUGUACUGCUAUCCAAACACCAGAAUACCAGUUGAAACUGUUUGCAACAUCUACUGACCCGGGUCUGCCAAACUCCAUUGAUAGACAGUCGGUGAUCCGACUAUCCGAGGACUCGACAUACUAGUCAAAAAUUCACUGUCCGAUCCUCAUAUAAAACCAGCCAUGUUAUAUCGACAAAAUCUAACUACGGUAUGGAGAUUUGAGUGAUAGUAUGGAAAUCCUCGGACCAAAUUUCAAACCGAAGUUUAUUUCAGUUUGUCAACAUGGAACCAGUUGUUGUAGAAGAAGUGAGAGACAUCACAAUGCGAAAAGUAACACGUUGGUUUUGUUCAACGAUCAUGGUGUUUGGUGGUGUUGUUCCAUACAUACCACAAUAUAGAGAAAUUUACAUUAAACAGGACGCUGAGGGUUUCUCUAUGUAUGUUUGCUUGGCACUUUUAGUUGCCAAUACUUUGCGAAUACUUUUUUGGUUUGGUAAACGCUAUGAACUUCCAUUACUGUUUCAAAGUAUAGUAAUGAAUAUUAUGAUGUUAUUUAUGAUCCACUUGUGUGUAAAAGUACGCAAUAAAACACAAUUAAUCAGAGGUCCGGAAAGAUAUUUUACAGAUUUUGAUUGGCACUAUUUUUGGCAGUGGACUGACUUUCAGUCAUACAUAGAUUUUUUAAUUGCAAUGAGUAUUUGCCUGUGUAUCAUAACAUUCAUAUUUUUACACAAUGUCAUAUUUAUUGAAAUAAUUGGAUUUCUUGCUCUUUUAACCGAAGCGAUGUUGGGCGUUCCGCAAUUAGUAAAAAAUUUAAGAAACCGAUCAACAGAAGGAAUGAGUGUUACGAUGGUAUUACUUUGGACUACUGGUGAUGCAUUCAAAACUUGUUACUUUGUCAGCCGCAAGGCACCAUUACAAUUCUGGAUGUGUGGCACACUGCAGGUUUUCAUCGAUCUGACUAUCCUUGGGCAAGUAGUUUGGUAUCGUAACGAACCACCUUAUAAAAUUCCUCGAAUAGACUGAUGUGCGUGUAUAACUGAAUAAAAUAAUAAACUUAUGUUACUAUCAUCGUAUUUUAGAUCUUUUAACAUCAAAAUUAGACUCUGAUUUUAGAUUGUUUAUAUUAUUUAUUUUAGUGAGUUUUUUUGUUUUCUUUUCUAGAGGGUUUUAAGCAUUCAGUGUUCUUUUUAUUACUUAUUUGAAUUAAUUAAUUAAAUUAAAUACUAUAAACUUUAUUUUCUCUUCUAGACUGUUAUCAUUAAAAAAAAAAAGCAUAGCAUAAUAUAUGUUUAGUAGUUAUUAUUUCUAAACAAUUUAUUGUUUAUCUUGUAAAAAAAAAAAAUAUGUUUGUAAGAGGGAUAUACCUUACUGUGCCUAUUACAUUUGCUUUAAAUCUUUUAUUUUCUUAAAGAAACAAUUAUUCUAUUAUUUAUUUAUUUUUAAAAUAACAUUUAAAAAAAAAAAGCACGUGUUACCUAGAAACUAGACCAAUAUUUUUUAUCCUGUAUUAUGUAUUAAUUAAAAUGCAUAUUUAUGUCUCUAACUUUUAUAGUUACUGGUUCUAAAAUUAAUUGUACAUGAUAAUAUGUUAAUUAAUUAUUUAAUUUUUGUUACUUAUUGAAUUCCUAUGUGGUAUUUUCUCACUGCAGUUGAAAUUUAAUUCUCACGCUUUUUUAUUCUGUAUACAAAAUUAUAUUUGUUUGUUUUAGUUAAAUAUAUAAUAUGUCUUUGACUUUUAAAAAAUUAUAAAGGUUGCAGUAUCUUCCCUUUGUCCUUGAAUCUAUAGUAAAUGUUCUAAUAUUUAAUAACUGACUUCCAAAAUUGGUUAGUCUUUCUCAUAUUUUGAAAAAUAUGUAUGCUUAUACCUAUUUGCCUUGUUUUCACUUUUAUCAAUUCUAUUUUUUUAUCUAAAACGUUAUUUUCCUUUUUAAAUUUGCCAAAAUUAAAAAUCGCACAAAAUCUAUGAGUAAUUAUUAUGCCAAAACUAUACUUAUUUUGAUUUAUAUAUUUUAUUAAAGAGUAGAUGUUAAACAUUUAUUUAUUUUUAUAAAUUAUAUUUAUAUAUUUUUUUUUUACACAAACAUAAAUAAGAAUAGACUUAAUUAACAUUUUAAAAUGUAUUAGUAUAUAUUAUGUACUAUUAUAUAGUAGGAAUCUCUUAAGAUUAUAAAAACUUAUAAGUUGGCAAUUUUUACGACCAUAUAUUUUAACCUGACAUCCUUCACUAUUUUUUAUUUUAAUGUAAAUGAUUACUAGAUAAUAUUUCUGUCAUCAAAUUAUUGUUUUGUAAAGUCAAUAGUUAUAAACAUUUAAAUGCCUGUUUGAGUAUAUAUUGUAAACACAAUAAAUACUUAUUGGCUAUUAUUUAGACAAACACUGUGUUAAAAGAAAAAUGGUCAUAUCCUUAAUAUUUAUUAUAGAAAAUACCUAUAUGUCAAACAUUUGUGAUAGAUUUCGAGUCAUUAUUUAAUGUAUUUAAAAUUGUGAGUGUUUUGUUUAAAACACAUUAUUUUAUUUAAAUAGAAUUAAUAUAAAAUGUGUUUUUGUUCACCUUUAGCCUUAAAAGUAGAUAUCUAAUAUGAUACACGAGUGAUUUUAUUAUUAUGUGCUCAGUCUGUCAAAAUAUAGCAUAUUUAUUAUUUAUGUCAUUUUUGUUAAAAAGACAUUAGAUCUUGAAAGUUAUUUUACAUACAGCUUUCUGUAUUUUACAUUUUAUUAUUAUUAUUGUUAUUGCUUUGCUAAAUGUUUAAAUAAUUUUGUUUUUUGUUUAUUAUUUUGUUUUAUUCGUCAUAUUGGCUGUGUCAUUUAAUUAUUAGUAUCUAACAGAUGGCGUCUCUGUCCAUUUAUUAAAUUUACUCUCAUGCUACCUAAAUUCAAUUAUCUUAACUAUUAAAUUGUGUUACUACCAUUGAUCAUAUAAUAUAACUACCAUGCCAUCAUAUGAUUUUCUAUGUACAAGUCGUCUUCCUGCAUUACUUUCCACAUUACUUUUAUUAUUAUUGAAUUUUUAACUGCAGACACUCAAAUAUAUUUGUAAUUAAUUUAUAACUGAGUCUAAUAUUUGUUCUUUUUCAUUGCAUCAAUGCUUUAAGCGUAACAGUGUAUUAAUUAAUUAGCAAAACCAUUAUUAUAAUGAUAACUAAAUAAGUUACUCCACGAUUUUAUUAGUUUUAACAUGAUAUUGUGUUUUAAUAAUUUGAAGUUGAGGCAUAUACUUUAUAAAAGCCACAAACAUUUAUUAAAUUACUAGCUAAUUUAAGUUUGUUUCACUUAUAAGUUUUUACAUAGUUGGAUACUGCACACAUUUUUGUUGUUAUGUGAACUCUAUACUUAAGUUAGCUUUGUUAUUGUGAUGUGAGAACUAGUAAUACACACACCUUUGUGGUAUUCAUUCUACAUUUGCUUAAUAGAAAACAUAUCUUUUGUAAUCUGAACGCGUUCUAGAUAUUAAAUUUAUAUAAGUUAUAUAAAUAAAAUUAGGUUUGUUAAAGGUAA